GCCAGGGGACAACGGGGGAAGGCAUCGAGCAGCGGGGGACGACGGGGGACGGCGGCAAGUGGGGGCGAGUGACGGCAGCGGGGAAACGGCGGGGAGUAGCGGGGGACAGCGGCGAGCAACGGGGGACGACGGAGAGCGGCGGGGAAUGACGGGGAACAACGGGGAACAGCGGCAAGCGGCGGGGGACGACAGAACGGUGGGGAAUGACGGGGAACGGCGGCAAGCGACGGGAAACGGCAGGGAGCGGCGGGGGACAGCGGGGGAUGACGGCGGACAACAGGGGACAGCGGCGAGCGGUGAGGAACGACGGUGGACGGCGUCAAUCGGCGGGGAACAACGAGGGACGACGGGGGACGGCGGCAAGAGGGGGCAAGCGGUGGCAGCGGGGGAACAGCAGGGGACGGCGGUGAGCGGCGGGGGACAACGGGACAGCGGCGAGCGGCGGUGAACAGCGGGGGACGACGGGGGACGGCGGCAAGAGGGGGCAAGCGGUGGCAGCGGAGGAACAGCAGGCGAUGGGGAAUGGCAGCAGACGGCAGCGAGUGGCGGGGGACGGCGGAGAGCGGCGGGGAAUGAUGGGGAACGGCGGCGAGCGGCGGGGGACGACAGAGAGCCACAGGGAAUGACGGAGAGCAGCGGCGAGUGACGGGGAACGGCAGGGAGCGGCGGGGGACGACGGCGGAUGACGUGGGAUGCCAGGGGACAACGGGGGACGGCGGGAGUGGCGUCGAACAACAGGGGACGACGGGGGAUGGCGGCAAGUGGGGGCAAGCGGCGGCAGCGGGGAAAUGGCAGGGAGCGGCAGGGGACGGCGGAGAGCGGCGGGGGCAGCGGCAGAUGAUGGGGGAUGCCAGGGGACGACGCGGGACAGCGUCAAGCGGCGGGGAACAACAGGGGACGACGGGGGACGGCGGCAAGUGGGGGCGAGCGGCGGCAGUGGGGAAACGGCGGGGAGCGGCGGUGGACGGCAGCAAGUGACGGGGGACAACAGAGAGCGGCGGGGAAUGAUGGGGAACGGCGGCGAGCGACUGGGAAUGGCAGGGAGUGGCAGGGGACGGCGGGGAACAGCGGCGAGCAGCUGGGGACAGCGGUGAGCGGCAGCAAGCAGCGGGGGACGACGGGGA